CCCGAGGACUAUCUCCAACCAACGUAGAGUCCGGCCACCCAUGAGAAAAGGCAGGAUAAAUCGCCUUGUAAAGGCGUUGAACCGUACUCAUUAUGGCCCAUUUGCUCUGCACACUAUUCGGGAAGGGCGCGUCCCAUCCUCGGCGGACCGCGAGGAGCUCGUUCUGAGGAGCCCCGCCACAGGCGAAGCGAUCUGCACCGUCGUGAUGUCAAGUCGCGAUGACGUCCAGAAGACCGUAUACCACGCGCACGAGGUAUACAAGUCGGGUGUCUGGUCCAGAGCUUCGCAUAGUUUCCGAGCCGCCGUCCUUUCGAACCUCGCGAGAGAAGUAGAGUUAAACCUCAAGGAGUUUGCGAAGAUGGAGACGCUGCAGACGGGAAGAGCGAUUAGGGAGAUGAAUGCUCAGCUAGGACGCCUGCCUGAGUGGCUUGACUAUUACGCAGCAUUACUCCGCACUGGUCAAGACUUUGUAGCCCCGACUCAGGGAAAGCUGCUCAACUACGUGCAGCGCGUUCCCCUUGGUGUUGUUGCACAGAUCACGCCGUUCAAUCAUCCCUUAUUCAUUGCCAUCAAGAAGAUUGCACCCGCACUCGCUGCUGGUAACUCAGUCAUCGUGAAGCCCAGUGAACUCACACCUAUGUCGGUCAUUACGUUCGCUGAGCUGGCAGCUCUAGCCGGAGUACCACCGGGCGUAUUGUCGGUGCUACCUGGCUAUGGGAGAGAAAUUGGUCCUGAACUGGCAUCUAACCCGCUGGUGAGAAAGGUCGACAUCACGGCAGGCACGGCUACUGGUCGCGCUCUCGGUAGCAUCGUCGGCAACAACCUGGCAGCAUUUACUGCAGAACUGGGCGGAAAGGCCCCGAUUGUGGUGUUCAACGAUGCAGAUCUUCAGGCUGCCGUGAAUGGAGCCGCCUUCGCAUGCUUCGUCGCUUCUGGCCAGACGUGCGUGUCUGGCACCAGACUUAUCGUUCAGGACGAGAUUUACGACGAGUUCAUCAAGCGUUUCUUGAUCAAAGUAGAGAACAUCAAGAAGCGCAUGGGCAAUCCAAUGAACCCGGCGUCAACUAUGGGGACAGUCAUCGGUCCGAAACAAUUGGAGAGGAUUGAGCAGCUCGUGCAACGACGAGGGUCCGGGAAGAUAGUUGCUGGCGGCCAUCGGAUGACUGGCUCGUCGCCGCUGGAUGGAUUUGACCUCUCCAAGGGUUGCUUCUUUCCUCCCACCGUGAUCACCGAUAUAUCCACCGAGGACGACUUGUGGAUAGAGGAAAUCUUCGGCCCCGUCGUUGUGGUGAAGCGCUUUUCUGACGAGGCAGAAGGUGUCACCCUCGCCAAUGCUUGCAAGUACGGUCUGGGAGCAGGCAUCUGGACGUCUGACUUGUCACGCGCUCACCGAAUCUCCGCCGAGAUUGAGGCGGGCUUAGUGUGGGUCAACACCCAUCACCGCAAUGACCCAAGUUCCCCAUGGGGAGGUAUGAAAGAGAGUGGGAUGGGAAGAGAGAAUGGCGUCGAGGCAUUGCAAGCUUAUUCGCAAAGCAAAUCAAUCAUAGUGAACACCGCCUCGGCGCAAGAGACAAUUGAGCAGCAAGACUGGUUCGCCGAAACCGGUGGCGAGAAACGAUAUGGGUAAUCGAUCUAUAACUAGCAUAUCACAACAGUCUACUCUAUGUUCUACGCCGACGUCGAACAUGAUGUUUUCGGCUCAGUACAGACGAUCGGUGGUUUUUGAGACGCAAAACCCGGAAUUCACGCAUGUGUCCAUCCUCAUCUGGAGACCCAUCGGCACAUGCAAGUCUCCGACCACUU